GCGCUGCGGGCUGGAGCCGCGGCUGGCGGCUGCCUGUCCGCGCCGGGUCUGGCCGAGUCUCACGUCGCCGUGCAGUGCGCCAGGUCUCCGGGAGAUGGCUUCUCCCCUCUCGCCCGCUGCUCCCGCUAUUGUCUCACCUGGGGUUGCCUGACUCUGCGGGCUCGCUCAUGCUCUCGGCCUAGAGGACUCCCCGCCCCCGCCCCCCCGCCGCUGCGAGCUGGUCCUCGCGACCUCGCCUGCCUCUUUGCCGCCCCGGGAACCCUGGGGCCGGCGCCCGCCGCGUGCAGCCCGGAGGGGGAGCGGCCCGGGAGGAGGCGGUGCGCGGCCGCCUCGCGUGGGUGCCGGAGCCGCCCGGAGCCGUGGAGCCAGCAGCCCAGGUCGCCGAGCACAAGACACGUCGGGUUUUGCAGGAAACCCGCAGUGAGCACAGGGGCCCAGACACCAUGCCACAACCCUGCAGAACUGACAUUGCCAGGAAGUAGAAGACUUCCUUGUUUCCUCUGUCCCCCAUCCUCACCAUGUCUUCGACUCAGGGCAGUGGGGAUCACUGGAAGUCACUGGAGUCUGUGGGCAUCAGCCGCAAAGAGCUGGCCAUGGCCGAAGCCCUGCAGAUGGAGUAUGAUGCUCUGUCCCGGCUUCGGCACGACAAGGAGGAAAGCAGAGCCAAGCAGAGCACAGACCCCUCCCUCAUCAGCUGGGAUGAGCCUGUCCUAGACUUCUACAGCAAGCCAGCGGGAAGGCGGAAGGACCUCAAGCUCUUACGUGGUCUCUCUGGCUCUGACCCUACCCUCAAUUACAACUCGCUCUCCCCACAGGAAGGGCUGCCCAACCACUCUACCUCCCAGGGCUCCCAGCCUGGCCCAGAUCCCUGGCCCAAAGCCUCCCUGGCCGGAGACUAUCUCUACAUUUUUGAUGGUUCAGAUGGGGGGCUCUCUUUGUCCCCAGGACUGGGGGACACAGACGACUCUUUGAAGAAACUGUCCCCACCUCCUCUGCCUCCCCGAGUCUCUAUCUGGGACACUCCUCCCCUGCCUCCCAGAAAGGGGUCCCCCUCAUCCUCCAAGAUCUCCCGGCCCAAUGACAUCAACACUUUUUCUUUGGUCGAACAACCUCCAGGCAAACUGCUGGGGCAUCAGCUCCUAGAAGAGGAAGAGGAGCUGGGAGGUGGGGGUCCAGGGCGCCUACUGGGGUCCAUGGACUACGACGGUAUCAAUGAUGCCAUUACACGGCUCAACUUGAAGUCAACCUAUGAUGCAGAGAUGCUGCGGGACGCCACCAGGGGCUGGAAGGAGGGCCGGGGACUCCUGAACUUUGGCAAGGACACUCCUGGAAAACCUGUGGCCCGGAGCAAGACCAUGCCCCCUCAGGUGCCCCCCCGCACCUACACCUCCCGCUACGCCAACCGGAAAAAUGGGACAUCUGGCAAGAACCUCCAGAUUUCUGCAGCUCCGGUGGGCUCCCGGCCCCACGCCAUCGCCAAUGGCCAUGAGUUGUUUGAGGUCUCAGAGGAGAGAGAUGAGGAAGUUGCUGCAUUCUGCCACAUGCUGGAUAUCCUCCGAUCUGGCUCUGAUGUCCAAGACUACUCCCUCACUGGGUAUGUCUGGAGCACUGUCACCCCAAGCCCAGAGCACCUCGGGGAUGAGGUUAACCUGAAGGUGACCGUGUUGUGUGACAGCCUGCGGGAGCCGCUCACUUUUACCUGCAACUGUUCCUCCACUGUAGACUUGCUCAUCUACCAGACCCUGUGCUAUACCCAUGAUGAACUGAGGGGUGUCGAUGUGGGUGACUUCGUGCUAAAGCCCUGUGGGCUGGAGGAAUUCCUGCAGAACAAGCACGCCCUGGGCAGCCACGAGUAUAUUCAAUACUGUCGAAAGUUUGACAUCGACAUUCGGCUACAGCUGAUGGAGCAGAAAGCUGUACGCGGUGACCUGGCCCGGACGGUGAAUGAUGACCAGAGCCCCUCCACCUUGAACUACCUCAUCCAUCUGCAAGAGAGGCCGGUCAAGCAGACCAUCAGCAGGCAGGCCCUGAGUCUUCUGUUUGACACUUACCACAAUGAGGUGGAUGCCUUCCUGUUGGCUGAUGGCGACUUUCCACUGAAGGCCGACAGGGUGGUCCAGUCUGUCAAGGCCAUCUGCAACGCCCUAGCCGCUGUGGAAACCCCUGAGAUCACCAACGCUCUCAACCAGCUGCCCCCCUGCCCUUCCCGAAUGAAGCCUAAAAUUCAGAAGGAUCCCACCGUCUUGGCUGUGAGGGAAAACCGAGAGAAGGUUGUGGAAGCCCUGACAGCUGCCAUCUUGGACCUGGUGGAGCUGUACUGCAACACGUUCAAUGCAGACUUCCAGACAGCGGUGCACGGGAGCCACAAGCAUGAUCUGGUCCAGGAGGCCUGCCAUUUUUCUGGGCCCCUGGCCUUUACGGUCUAUGCCACCCACCGUAUCCCCAUCAUCUGGGCUACCAGCUAUGAAGAGUUCUACCUCUCCUGCUCCCUCAGCCAUGGCGGCAAGGAGCUGUGCAGCCCCCUGCGGACCCGAAGGGUUCACUUCUCCAAGUACCUCUUCCACCUCAUCAUCUGGGACCAGCAGAUCUGCUUCCCUGUGCAGGUGAACCGGUUGCCUCGGGAGACCCUGCUGUGUGCCACUCUCUAUGCUCUGCCCAUCCCCCCACCCGGGAGUUCCUCGGAGUCCAAUAAGCAGCGGCGGGUGCCCGAAGCCCUGGGCUGGGUCACUGCUCCGCUCUUCAACUUCAGGCAAGUCCUGACCUGUGGCCGGAAGCUUCUGGGCUUAUGGCCAACAACACAGGAAAGCCCCAGUACCCGUUGGAGUGCACCUAAUUUCCAUCAGCCAGAUAGUGUCAUCCUGCAGAUUGACUUUCCCACCUCAGCCUUCGACAUCAAGUUCACCAGCCCCGCUGGAGACAAGUUCAGCCCCCGCUAUGAGUUUGGCAGCCUCCGGGAGGAAGACCAACACGUGCUUAAAAACAUCAUGCAGAAGGAGUCCCUGUACUGCCUUUGCAUUUCUCUGGCCCUGUCACUUUCCAAAAAGGAUCAGGUGUCAAGGCAAGCUGGCAGCUGUCAGGGGCUCACUGAUGCUGACAAAAAGAGCCUGUGGGAGAAGCGGUAUUAUUGCCACUCGGAGGUGAGCUCACUCCCCCUGGUGCUCGCUAGCGCCCCCAGCUGGGAGUGGGCUUGCCUGCCCGACAUCUACGCUCUCCUGAAGCAGUGGACCCACAUGAACCACCAGGAUGCCCUGGGGCUCCUGCAUGCCACGUUCCCAGACCAGGAGGUGCGCCGUAUGGCUGUUCAGUGGAUUGGCUCCCUCUCUGAUGCUGAGCUGUUGGACUACUUGCCCCAGCUCGUGCAGGCCUUAAAGUAUGAGUGCUACCUGGACAGCCCCUUGGUGCGCUUCCUCUUGAAACGAGCUGUCUCUGACUUGAGAGUGACUCACUACUUCUUCUGGUUGCUGAAAGACGGCCUCAAGGACUCUCAGUUCAGCAUCCGCUACCAGUACCUGCUGGCAGCCUUGCUGUGUUGCUGUGGCAAGGGGCUGAGAGAGGAGUUUAACCGCCAGUGCUGGCUUGUCAGUACCCUGGCCAAGCUGGCCCAGCAGGUCCGGGAGGCUGCCCCGUCUGCACGGCCGGGGAUUCUCCGCACAGGCCUGGAGGAGGUGGGGCAGUUUUUUGCCCUCAAUGGCUCCUGCCGCCUGCCGCUUAGCCCCAGUCUGCUGGUUAAGGGCAUCGUGCCCAGGGACUGUUCCUACUUCAACUCCAAUGCAGUCCCCCUCAAGCUCUCCUUCCAAAAUGUGGAUCCGCUGGGCGAGAACAUCCGUGUCAUCUUCAAGUGUGGGGACGACCUUCGCCAGGACAUGCUGACCCUGCAGAUGAUUCGCAUCAUGAGCAAGAUCUGGGUCCAGGAGGGGCUGGACAUGCGCAUGGUCCUCUUCCGCUGCUUCUCCACUGGCCGUGGGAGAGGGAUGGUAGAGAUGAUCCCCAACUCUGAGACCCUGCGCAAGAUCCAGGUGGAGCACGGGGUGACCGGCUCCUUCAAGGACCGGCCUCUAGCCGACUGGCUGCAGAAGCACAACCCUGGGGAGGAUGAGUACGAGAAGGCUGUAGAGAACUUCAUCUAUUCUUGUGCUGGCUGCUGUGUGGCCACGUACGUCUUGGGCAUCUGUGACCGUCACAAUGACAACAUCAUGCUGAAGACGACUGGCCACAUGUUCCACAUAGAUUUUGGCCGUUUCCUGGGCCACGCCCAGAUGUUCGGGAACAUCAAGCGGGACCGUGCCCCCUUUGUCUUCACCUCGGACAUGGCGUAUGUCAUCAACGGGGGUGACAAGCCUUCCAGCCGCUUCCAUGAUUUUGUUGACCUUUGCUGCCAAGCCUACAACCUCAUUCGCAAGCACACCCACCUCUUCCUCAACCUUCUGGGCCUGAUGUUGUCCUGUGGGAUCCCUGAGCUCUCAGACCUGGAAGACCUCAAGUAUGUGUAUGAUGCCCUGAGGCCUCAGGACACAGAGGCCAAUGCCACUACCUACUUCACCAGGUUGAUUGAGUCCAGCCUCGGCAGUGUAGCCACAAAGCUCAAUUUUUUCAUUCAUAACCUGGCUCAGAUGAAGUUCACGGGCUCAGACGACCGGCUGACCCUUUCCUUUGCUCCCCGAACACACACUCUCAAGAGCUCUGGCCGCAUCACUGAUGUAUUUCUCUGCCGCCACGAGAAGAUCUUCCACCCCAACAAAGGCUACAUUUACGUGGUAAAGGUGAUGCGAGAGAAUGCUCACGAGGCCACUUACAUCCAGAGGACGUUUGAGGAGUUCCAGGAGUUACACAAUAAGCUGCGGCUGCUCUUCCCUUCUUCCCUCCUGCCCAGCUUCCCUAGUCGCUUUGUGAUUGGCCGCUCACGGGGAGAGGCGGUGGCGGAGCGGCGGAGAGAGGAGUUAAAUGGCUACAUCUGGCACUUGAUCCACGCAGCCCCUGAGGUGGCCGAGUGUGAUUUGGUGUACACCUUCUUCCACCCCCUGUCCCGGGAUGAGAAGGCUGCGGGCACCAGCCUGGCUCCCAAGUCCUCAGAUGGCACAUGGGCCCGGGCGGUCGGAAAGGUUGGGGGAGAGGUGAAGCUGUCCAUCUCCUACAAAAACAACAAACUCUUCAUCAUGGUGAUGCAUAUUCGGGGCUUGCAACUGCUCCAGGAUGGGAAUGAUCCCGACCCCUAUGUCAAGAUUUACCUCCUUCCUGACCCUCAGAAAACCACUAAGAAGAAAACCAAAGUGGCCCGGAAAACCUGCAACCCCACCUACAAUGAGAUGCUGGUAUAUGAUGGAAUCCCCAAGGGAGACCUCCAGCAGCGGGAGCUACAGCUGAGUGUGCUGAGUGAGCAAGGAUUCUGGGAGAACGUUCUGCUGGGGGAGGUGCACAUCCGCCUGCGAGAGCUGGACCUGGCCCAGGAGAAGACCGGCUGGUUCGCACUGGGAUCUCGAAGUCAUGAGACUUUAUGAGCCCAGCGGAGCCGUGGCCCAGGACCCCAGGCUCAUGGCAGAGCUGGAGGAGAGGACUCUCCCUGCUUGACUUGCCCCUUCCUUGUGUAGGGGCAGGGCCCUCGGUGGGGCUUCCCUCUGUCCCGGCGGAUCGGGCCUCCGUGGUAGGAGGCAAGGAGAGUAAAGAUGCUCUCUGCUAUCCGCUCCUCUGCAGACUGCAUUUGGGUUGGUUGUGAUGAGCAGCCCCUUGGAGGCUGUGAGGGUGCAGCAAAGUUUUAAGUUUACCUUGUGUCAAGGGAGCAAUGCCUGGUUUGAGGUGUGUGGGGUGGGCUGUAGAAGUAGCAUUUGGGGGGAGGGUGGGUGGAUAUCUUUAUUUUUAUUUUUAAAAAAUGAAAUAGUAACGUUGUCCUAACUGGACAGGAAGCCUUGUGAGAAGGGACUUACAUGUGCCUCAGAAGGCAAAAGAGGAAUUGGACUUUUUGUAUGAUUGAGGUUCUUAUUGGACUUUUCCCUAGGAUUUUGUUUGUUUGUUGUUUUUGCAUUUCUAUCUAUAGGAAUUAUUUGGGGAGGGGCCCAGUGGGCCCUCAGUUAGUGCCCUCCGUCUCUGAGGCAGGUCGGGAGGGACAAGGAGGGCUGCGUGUGCUGGACUGAGGCCUGCGCCACUGGGCCUUUCUGAUUUUGCCUCCAAAGGAGAGCGAUGUGAUACCUACGUGUGUAAGGAAGGGCCUUCCGUAUGGAGGUCUGUAGAGGACCUGUGUUCAGGGACCUGGGCUCUUUUGGGGGGAGUUUUUCCUCUCGUCUUCCCCUAUUUUGCUAGGACUUGCCCUGAAUACUGUCUUCUACCCCUCCAUUCAGCUCUUCUGGGGGUCAUCUGGUCCCUGUGAAUACGCCUGGGUGCUCCCCCAUAGGUCUCUCCCUUCAUUUUUCUCUGGUGGGAUAAACUGCUGCCUCGGCCCUUAGGUUUGGUUUCACCCCAGGGUGUCUUGGCCCUAGGAAUGGGCCUCUAGGCUGCAGACGCCAGCUUGGCUGGCUGUUGGGUGGUUUCUGGGAAGCUUUCCUCGUCAUCCACCACUCCUUUUGUUUUGCUGCUUCUCUCCCAAACUCCAUUUCUGUCACAUUUUUUUAAUAAGAAUUUCUCUCGUUCUAUGGGGCCAUAAACCUAUUUUGUCUGGAGCCAAAGGGAUGCCCCAGCUGAAGAAAGGGGGUGCGGGUGAGGGAUCCCAUCAAAACUGUUGUUUUUGCCAGUGAUUUUCUUUGGUUGUGAGGAGGCUGGAUUGAGCUGAGCUGGAAGGGAGAGACUGGGUCUCUGAUCUCUUAAUACUCUUCAUUCCCUACCAAAUGGAUUUGAAAUUCACUCGUGCGCUUUACUCCGAAAGGUUGUCUUCCUAGAAAAAAGGAGAGACUUUGAAUUUGAUAUUAACUUUCUAAAUUGGCUGGUUGUGCCCGGUGACUGAGGAAUGGAGUUAAGUGGGGAUACAAUGUGGACUGUCCCUCCCCAGCUCCAAGGAUCAGAAAUUCCCCCUUUCGCUGACUCAUUCCAUAACUAGAGAAAGAAGCUCCAUUCAUUGAAGCCACAGAGCAGCAAGGAAGUUGAAACUUUUAAAUUUAAAAUCUCAAGGAUAAAGCUGGCUGCUGUGGGCAGGGGUUAGGGGAGUGGAGAACAGAGGUGGAACUUCUCUAGAUGAAUGGACCAGAGAUGUGUUACUGGCUUUUUGCCUGUAGCUCAUUUUACUUUGACCCUCUAUGCCCCUGUUAAAGAGAGAGGUCUGUGUACUGUACCCACAUCCCAGACAUCCUUUUUCUCCUUUCUCUGGAAUUGUAUUUUCUAAUAAAUGAUGUUUAGAAAAACAAAA